AUGAAAUCAUAUUAUUAUUUAUUAUUUGUAUUUUUGAUAAUUUCCAAUAUUUUAAAGGUAACAAAAUCUGAUUUUUUAUCAUUUAUUGGCCCUAUUGAUAUUGAAGAUAAUUCCUUUUUCGAUCAAUCUGUUUGGUCACCACAAAAAAUUCCAACAUUUUCAGAUUCACUUUUAAUUGGAAAUGGAGCCACUUGUUGGAUUACACCAUAUGAUAGUAUUGCUUUAUCCAAUUCUUUAAAAAUAACCAAUGAUUCAGUAUUAGCAUUAACUGGAGAUUAUGGAAUUGAUGAAAAAUUUGAAUUAUUUGGUGGAAAUUUAAUAAUGGCCUUAAGAUCUAAUCUCCUUGCAGGUACAAUCACUGCUGAAAAUAGUACAAUUUUAAUUCAAAACUUUUUUACACAUAUCAACGAUUUUGAUUAUGAUGCAAUUGUAAAAGAUACAAAUAUAACAAUUUCCAGUUUUGCUACUUUAUUAGUUCAUCAUAAUUCAACAUUUUCAUUAGAUAAUUCAAGUUUAACAGUUAUUAAUAAUGGUUAUGUUGGAAUUGGCGAAAAUACUAAAUUUUAUUUAACAUAUCCAUUAAUUAUGAAUGAUGUUAGUUUAAUGGAAUGUAUUGGUGGUGUAAUUUGGAUUAAUAAAUUUGAUUGUUUUUUAGAAUCUGAAAUGAAAAUUUUUGAUUCAAAUAUUACAUUUUUUGAUACUGUUAAUUUUUAUGAUUAUUCAAAAGUAUCAUUUAUUGAUACCAGAGUGUUAGUACUUGGUAAUAUUAAUUCGUAUGGUAAUGUAACGACAAUAGUGUAUGGUGGUAGUUUACUUUUAAAUGGUGAUUAUAAGUUAAGAGAUAGUUCAAGAUUUUUAGUAAAUGGUAAAGAUACAAUGGUAUUUGUUAGAGGUGAAUUCUCAAAUAUAGAUGAUUCAAUUUUUUAUUUAAAUCAAAGUCAAUUCCUGGUGUAUGGACAUGCAUCAUUCUCAAGUCAAAGCUACUUUGAUAGUGGUUUAUUCGUUGUUAAUAAUAUUGCUAUUUGGAAUGGAUGGGUGUUGGGUAAUUAUACAAAUUUCGUAGUGAAUGGUUCAUUGGUAAUUAACACAUCCUAUGCAUCUAUGGUUGAAAGUCAUAUUGUAUCAAUUGGUGAUAUUACAGUCAACGGUAUUCUAACAACUACCAAUACACGUCUUUAUGUGGAUCAAGGUAAUUUCAUUGUUAGUGAUAAUGCAAUUCUUCAAUUAAUUGGCUCAGAAGCUAGAAUUAAUUCAGGUCAAUUAAAAAUCCAUCCAUUGGCAUAUAUUGAUAUUGUGAAUUCAAGUUUCACAUUGAUUACAGGUAACGUUGAUACAUUGGGUAACGUUUAUUUAGAUAGUAGUUCAGAUUUAAGUAAUCAAAAUGGUACUUAUAAUCUUUAUUCUGGAAUUUACUAUACAAAUGAUACAACUGUUAAAAGUAACAAUGUUACAGUUUUAAAUGAUGGUGUUUUCAAUGUGGCUAAUAAUUCCGUUCAAAUCAAUGUUGCAUUUACAAAUAGUGGUAAUAAUUCAAAUAUUGCUCAAUUAAAUAUCAAUAAUAAUACAUUAUUCAUUUAUGAUUUUAAAAAUGAAAAUGGUGGUGAAAUAACAUUAAAUGGUGGUACUUUUUCAAGUGACAAUUCAAUUCAAUUAAAUGGUGGUUCAAUUAAAGGAAGUGGUUCAUUCAAUACUUCAAUCAAUCAAUCAAAUGGUCAAUUUGGUUCAAAAUCAACUGUUAAUAAUUUUAAUAUUACUGGUGAUUUCAUUCAAUCAAAUAAUUCAAAUAAUAAUACAAAAAUUAUCAUUGUAAUUGAUUCAUUAGAUUCUUUCUCAACUUUAAAUAUUGGUAAUUUAGCUGAUAUUAAUGGUAUAAUUGAAAUUAGAAUUAAUCAAGAUAUUUUAAAAAAUUUAAAUAAUAAUAAUAAUAAUAAUAAUAAUCUUGAAUCAAAUUUAUCAUCUCAAAGUGGUAGUAGUAGUGAUGGUAUAAAGUCAGCAUCAUUUAAUUUAAUUAGUUAUAAUAGUAAGACAUCAAAUAGUUUUAAUAAUAUUCAAUUUAAAAGUUAUGAUCCAAAGAGUGGUAGUGAAAGUGAUAUUGAUAAGAAUUCUUGUAUUCAACCAAAAUCAAAAAGUGGUUCUUCCUCUUUCUCUGUAUUAUUAGAACAAAAUGAAGACUGUGCUAAUGGAGGUGAUGGUGGUGGUGGCAAAAGUAAAAUAUCAGGUGGUGCAAUUGCAGGUAUUGUAAUCGGUUGUGCAGUUUUAGCAAUUAUUAUCAUAUCUACAGUACACUAUCGUGAAAGAUUAAGAUUGUUUAAAAUAAACACUUCAAGAAAAAUUCGUAGUAUGUCUGUAAAAUUAACAAAAAAAUAA